GUCCCGCCCACGUGGCCCCGCUACCAAGUAGCGCUUGAGAAGUAAAGAGAGGAGGGGGAGGAGGAUGCUGGAGAUGGUGUCGAGAACGUGGACGGUGGCUCUUGUUCUCUGCAGAAAUACCAAAGACAAGUGCGGUAUACUGAGAAGGAAGAACACUGAUCACCACUUCCUUGUUUGAAGGUGGAGUAAAGUGGUGGUGGCCAGACCCCUUGUGUGCAUAAUGACAAACUUGACCAGUCAUGCGGGAAACCACUGCGAAAUCAACCACAACAUCCAUCAGUACCUCUUCUCUAGCACCUACAUCAUAGUCCUGCUGAUCGGCAUCCCAACAAACCUGUACUCUCUGUACCAUGCGUUCUUACAGACACGUGCCUGCAAUGAACUGGGCAUUUACCUGCUCAACUUAACUGCUUCAGACCUGCUGUACCUGGCAUCGCUACCCCUCUGGCUGCAGUACUUUUUGCAAGAUGACAAUUGGACACACAAGGAAUGGCUCUGCAACGUCUGUGGCUUCUUGUUGUAUGAGAACAUCUACAUCAGUGUAGGCUUCCUCUGCUGCAUCUCCAUCGACCGCUUUAUGGCUAUCGCCUACCCACUGCGAUCCAGCAAGUUCCGCACCAUGCGAGCUGCGAGUGCAGUGAGCGCCUUCAUUUGGCUGAAGGAGGUGGCGGUAGGCGUGAUCCUCUUCCAGCAAAAGGAGCUAAGCAAUGAUCACACCAACCACUCAUUGUGCUUCGAGCACUACCCCAUGAUGAACUGGGAACGUUAUGUCAACUAUUAUCGUUUCUUCAUGGGCUUCCUGUUCCCACUAGGCAUCCUCUGCGCAUCGUACUUCUGGGUCCUGCGGGUUGUUAACAAGAGCUCAGGCACCCAUAGCUCACAGAAGGCCCGCAUCAAGCACCUAGUGACCGGCACAGUGGUGAUCUUUUUGGUGUGCUUCUCGCCCUACCAUGUGCUCCUGAUGGUGCGCACAUUACUGGAGAACGACUGCCUCUUCAUCCAGAGAAUAUUCAACUACUACCAAUUCUCUCUCUUGCUGACAAGCCUCAACUGCCUGGCAGACCCGUUUCUGUACUGCUUCGUUGGAGAGAACAUUCGCCGUGACAUCCAGCUACGGUGGAGCAUGUGCACAAGGCUUCUGUGCUGCAGAAAAGAGGUUGGCUAUGCUACCUCCAGUGAUCCGGCAACCAUCAAGGAGAGUGCCAUCUCUAGAGUCGUCCCGCUGCAGUCCAAGCCAGAAGCAUAGGGGCUAGAAACUGAAGAGGUGCAGCUGUUGAGCUAAGGGAAAAUUUUGGACAGAGAAGCCAAGGAUCAACUCAUCUAAAUGUUUGUCAAUUUUGUUUGGUCAUUACUCGGCUUCACGUUAGAUAAUAAACUGCAGCUCCCACAAAGGUUUCCUUUUUAUUUUUUUUUUUUAGAUAUGUAUAUGUGAUAUAUCUGAAAGCACUGAGUAAACUCUCACCUACUUUCCUUGUUUUAAUAUUCUGUAACAGCUCUGAGUUUUGCAAGCAUACUGAUGUGGAAGCUGCCUUGUUUUAAUUAGACAGUGUUGCUGAAAAGACUGUAGACUGCAUUUUACUUGGUGUAUCGAAAUUAACAUUUUGCUUCACUGUUGCGAAAGGUCUACACCACAUUCCUCGAGCUCUGUUUUGGCUGGGUUAGUCUUAUCCGAUGUGAUCCUAUGAAUUUGUUUCUUUGCCUUAUGCCUGUGUUCAAGCGCUCAGUGUCACUCCGUGAGAAGAGCACUAUAUAAAAAUAAAUUGAAUUGAAAUGAAUUGUAUCCGGGUUAAUGACAGAAUGACUUACGCUGAAGAACGUCAGGCUUUCUAACAAAAUCCACGUGAGGUGAGUGAAGGAAGUGUCCGCUGCGCUUCUUGCUGCCUGAAAGGACAUUGUAAAAUCUGAACCAACGCUUCAUUUUCACAAAGGCUUAAUUUUGUCUGACAUACAGUUUCCAAGACUGGUGCUGAAGUGGUUGGAAUGAGGCAAAGGCAAGACGCCCAGCCAGGACUCUCACUGUCAUCAUGGUUGCACACUGUUGAAUUUCAGGAGAGUCCCUGAGGGGAAUUGCAAUUUCAUGGCUGAUAUGAGAACCCCUCUAAGGGAGGAACAAGGGAGUAAUAACUCUCUGCCCCGGGUUUUUAAUGAGUUUCGCAGUAUGAGGGGUGAAAAAGAAGACAGCUCAGAUGUCUACAGAGAGCGUGGAGUACAGAGCCUGAGGAUUCAGUGUGAUCCUGUGUUGACCUGGAUGUGCUACACAGCCAAAUAAAACAUGGGCAAAGAGAACAUCCUAUAAAGGACUGAGGUCAAAGGUUUAGGUGAAAAGGACACUUAUGUGGAACAAUAGCCGCCAGUGUGGAGGCAAAACAGUCAGGCCUGUGAUGGCUGUAGCAGUAUCAUUUUGACAGGUGUAUAACAGGUGAUGCAGGGUCUGUACAUGGAGGUGGAAUUUAGUUUUGCGGAAAGAAGGAAAACUGGGAUAACCAGUGGAGAUCUUUUAAUUUCCAGUGGUAAACUUGUGGCAAAUGUAGUGCCUUUUUUUGCAGUCUUUUGGAAAAUUUCAUAAGGAGAAAAUGAAAAAUGACAGUGGGCAAAUGUUUUGUUUGAAAGCAAUGAAACAGUCCUUCCAUGAUGCUAUUAUAUCCUGUUUAAAAAAAAGUAAAUAUAGUUUUGUUUGAAUCUUCACUUUCAGCGUGUGAACUGAAAGUUUCUAUUUUAAUGCAUUUUUUGCACUGAAAAGCGACAGGCAGCUAUUCUGGGACUCGCCUUGCAUUCGUCACCCAGAAACUUAAUUUCUGUCCAGAUUCACUAAUCUGGUUACACUCAUGUAUGGUCACUUAAUGACAUGUUCAAGUCCUGCUGCAACAUUCAAGGAGAAGCAUGCAUCGCUAGAAAGGUAUUUAUUUUGGCUUGCACGGUUCUCUUCAUGUCCACUUCUCCUUUGCUUUAUAAUCCAUGUGACCGGUUGCUAUGAGUCAGGGUUGACUCGAUGGCAUACUCAUCAGAAUCACAAUUCAACGUCAACAAUGGGGAACUAACAUGAUUUCCUAAAUCCAGUUUUCUCCAAAUGUGGACAUGCCUUGGAAAAUGCAUAUCUCCCACACUUGUGAUUUGGAUAUGUAAUCGCGCAAAGGUUUGGUUUUAUCGACUACAACUGGUGAUUGGCAUUGUAGCCCAAGGUAACAGAAACUGGCGUGUGUUCCCAUGAGUCUCUUACAUUUAUGGGUUUCCUUCAGUUGUUGCUCAUGGUUGUAUCUGUGGUCACCUGUGUGCCUACAGUGAUGAGGGCAUAGUCAGACAAUUGGCACUUUUCUCCAAGUGUCAUAUUGUCUGGAGAUGCCUGUAGGCCAAAGAGUAAAAGCAAAAUGGGUGGUUCACAGUAAACGGAGAAGAGUGUACCUGUGUUCAUCCCUCAAAUUGGUGUGGAUAUCAGGGGAGAUGUGAGUGCCCUGCAAUAAAAUUGAAAGAAAAUGUAGAUGGGGGGGGGGGGGUUGAUUUGUUCCAAGAGCUUGAAGGUUUGUAUCUCAUGAGAUGAACAGAACAUUGCUCUUGGGGAAGGUGCAUAACCUGAUUACUACUGUAAAUAUCCAGUUGCCACCAGGAAAAUUUAAGUUGCUGUGGACGAGUGUUUUUUCAGUAAAUAAACAAU